UCUUAGCCCACCAAAUUUUAGAACUGUCGUUCAACGGGAGAAAGUGUGUAUCCAUGUGAUGCACUACGUCGUUUUUAAGCAAAUUAAAUUUGGGACCACCAAUUCUUAGAACUGUCGUUCAAUCGAGGAGAGAUGUCUAGAGAGAGGGAGUCUCUGUUGUGAUCUAUUUCACUAUUUAUUUUUUCCAACUCGCUUGGAUUUUGGUUCUCUCUCACAUCAUUUUUGUUCGCAGUUGCCGUCUCAGGCGUCGACGUCGCCACUCAAACGCCGUAGCCGCCGUGGCUGUUGUAAUUAAACCGAGGUAGGCAAGUAGCCUAACUACUCUGUCCAUAUCGUUGGCGCGGUUCAUCGUUAGCGUGGGUGAGAUUUUGCAUACAGUAACUUUAUGACUAGUUUGUGCCAAAGCUCUUUUAAUGGAGCGCUUGAUCGAUGUUACCGUAUUUCCCCUUGUUUGGCCAACCCUGCUAGGAGAUCUUCAUUGGGGUUGAAGGUGGCAUUGGUGCUACUGCAUCUGAUAUAUGUUGGAAUUCUCUUUCUUUUCGAUAAUGAUUUGAUAGAUAAAAUAAAGGAAGACCCUUGGUACAUGGCUUUAUAUUUCUUGUUGUUUGUUGCAACUUUGAUUCAAUACUUUGUCACAUCUGGUUCUUCCCCUGGCUAUGUAAUGGAUGCAAUGAGGGCUCUAAAUGAGAAGAAUGCAGUAUUUGCAAAAGCAUCAAUGUCCUCAAAACGAUCUGUUUCAAGUAAAGAUGGAAACUUGAUUAUCACUGUGGAUGGGAGCCAAUCAGGAAUAACUCCUGUGGGAGGUAAUGUAACAUCUUGGAUGAAGCUUGUUCUGGACAUGUAUCCUUCUGGAACAUCUGUUAGAACAUUGACAUGUUCCUAUUGCAAUGUUGAACAGCCUCCACGAGCAAAGCAUUGCCAUGAUUGUGACAAAUGUGUUCUUCAAUUUGAUCAUCAUUGUGUUUGGCUUGGAACUUGCAUCGGCCAGGGAAACCAUUGUCGGUUUUGGUGGUAUAUUUGUGGAGAAACAGCAUUGUGCAUAUGGACUGGCAUACUCUGUGUUGCAUAUUUGAAGUCUAACAUCACAAAGGCUUGGUGGAAGGGUGCAAUCAUGAUACUGUUAUUGGUUAUUUUAUCAAUUUCCUUGAUCUUUCUUCUCCUCCUCUUGCUUUUCCAUAGCUACCUUAUUUUGACAAAUCAGACUACCUAUGAACUUGUAAGACGGAGACGAAUUCCAUAUCUAAGGGGAAUACCUGAGCGGGUGUAUCCAUUCAGUAAAGGAGUAUGCAGAAAUCUAUAUGAGUUCUGCUGUGCUCGAAGCGACAUAUACAAACUGGAAAGGUUACCGACAGCCGUAGAACUUGAAGAAAAGUCAAGACCAUAUACAUGCUUAGAUUUUUUCACAUGCCGGUGUUGCUGAGACUGCUCACAGGUUUUUUCAUGCUAAAAGUUAUUGUGAGCUCCAUGCGCACGUUGUUGUACAUCCAUUUGCUUAGAUGCCUUUUUCUGCCUCUAUGAAUUCUUUUUUUAACAUUUGAGAAUUCAUGUUGAUACUAACGAGGUUGAAAUAUAGUUCAAUCGGAUCUUUGUAUUUGUGCA